CAAUGGAGAGGUCGGGGAGGCGGGCCUAGAACACGGGCUGAAAGAAGAAAAGCAAAUUUCAAGUUGGCGGCUGCGUGGGCCCCGAGUGGGGGAGGGACGGCAGGUUUUUCUCACUGGAUCUCUACGUAUCCAGGCCCCCUCCACCAUGACCAGCCGGGGUGGGGGCCGGGGGCGUGGCCGAGGCCAGCUGACCUUCAACAUGGAGGCUGUGGGCAUUGGGAAGGGUGACGCUUUGCCCCCACCCACUCUCCAACCCUCUCCGCUCUUCCCUCCCUUGGAGUUCCACCCCGUGCCUCUGCCCGCAGGAGAGGAGGGGGAGUAUGUCCUGGCUCUGAAGCAGGAGCUGCGUGGGGCCAUGAGGCAGCUCCCCUAUUUCAUCCGGCCAGCCGUCCCCAAGAGAGAUGUGGAACGUUACUCAGACAAGUAUCAGAUGUCCGGGCCGAUUGACAAUGCCAUCGAUUGGAACCCUGAUUGGCGGCGACUACCCAGCGAGCUCAAGAUUCGAGUGCGGAAAGUACAGAAGGAGCGGACCACCAUCCUCCUUCCCAAGAGGCCCCCCAAGAGCACAGACGAUAAGGAGGAGACGAUACAGAAACUAGAGACUCUAGAGAAGAAGGAGGAGGAAGUGACUUCAGAGGAAGAUGAAGAGAAAGAAGAAGAGGAGGAGAAGGAAGAGGGGGAGGAGGAGGAGUACGAUGAAGAGGAGCAUGAGGAGGAAACUGAUUACAUCAUGUCGUAUUUUGACAAUGGAGAGGACUUUGGAGGGGACAGCGAUGACAAUAUGGAUGAGGCCAUAUACUGAAAACCUGGGCCCAGAGAUGGUUCUUGAUUUAAGAUACAGGAACUAAAUAUCCCUAUUUACUUAGGGUUUUUCCUGUUUUUAUUAUUGUUUUUUUGAGAGAGGAUCUCAUGUAUCUCAGGCUGGCCUGGAACUCAAUAUGUAGCUGAGGCUGGCCUUGAACUCUUGAGCCCCCCACUUCCUCCUCCCAAGUCUUGAGAUUACAGGGAUACACCACCACACCAGACUUACUAAUACUUACUUUUGUUGAGGAAAAGUUAUUUAGUCAGAAUCCAGGUGACCUGUGUGAUCCCUAGGGGUUGUGCACAACAACCGUUUGGGGAAAUACUUCGGGUAGAAACAGUCAAGGGAGUAAAGCCUGUUUUGUACCUUUAAAUAAAAUGUUUGUAUCUGC